AUGGAUGCAAUUGGAGGAGAUCAAGUUCAACAACAUCUCUACAAAAUUUUGGUGAUUGGAGAUUAUGCAGUCGGAAAGACAUCGAUUAUCAAGAGGUAUUGUACGGGAAUGUUUUCACCAAAUUACAAGCUGACUAUAGGUGUCGAUUUCGCAGUCAAAGAGGUUCAAUGGGAUAAGAAUACAACCGUGAGUUUACAGCUUUGGGAUAUUGCUGGUCACGAGCGAUUCGGUACAAUGACACGUGUUUACUAUAAAUAUGCUAUCGCUGCUAUCAUUGUUUUCGAUCUUGGCAGACCUACAACAUUCGAAGCCGUAACAAAAUGGAGAGACGAUAUCAACAGUAAAGUAGUUCUAGGUAAUCAACAACCAAUACCUGUAUUAUUACUUGCAAACAAAUGUGAUAUGAAAGAUUCAUCGAUUGACAAAGCAAUGUUAGAUAAUUUUGUAAAGGAACAUAAUUUUAUAGGAUGGUUUCCAACUUCAGCACAGAGCAAUAUUAAUAUAGAUGAAGCAAUGAUGUUCUUGACGGGCAAGGUUUUAGAGGUAGCCAAAACCAAUCAACCACCAAAACAAGAGGAAAACACUUUGAAUUUAACUGCUUCCGAUAAAUCACAGAACAAUAAUAAAAAUAAUAACGGUGGCGGUUGUUGUACAUAA